AUGUUAAGUGCUGCUGCCUCGAUUGGUUUGGUUACAUUAUGGGAUGUAGACGCUGGGUUAGUAUGUAUUGAUAAAUAUUUAUAUUCUAAAGAAGACUAUAUUAAGGCAGGUGCUCUUCUUGCAAUAGGAUUAUUUAAUACAGGAGUACGUAAUGAAAAUGAUCCUGCAUUUGCAUUACUUUCUGAACACAUCGAGUCUUCAAAUCUAAACAUGAGAAUAUGUGCCAUUGUUGGUCUUGGAAUGGCGUACGCCGGCUCACAUCGGGAAGAUAUUCAAGAUAUUUUAUUACCUUUAGUUAGUGACACUAAUCUAAGCAUGGAAAUAGCAUCAGUGGCAGCUUUGUCUCUAGGGUUGAUAUUUGUUGGAAAUUGUAAUGGUGAUAUUACAAGCACAAUAUUGCAAACUAUGAUGGAACGAGAAGAUUCUCAAUUGAAAGAAAUAUGGGGCAGGUUUAUGGGACUUGGUUUAGCUCUUUUAUAUCUUGGAAAACAAGAUGCAGCAGAAGUAACAUUAGAAACUUUAAAGGCAAUCGAACAUCCUAUCAGUAAACAAGUGGAAGUUCUUGUAGAAAUUUGCUCAUAUGCAGGAACUGGAAAUGUACUUAAAGUGCAAAAUAUGAUGCAUAUUUGCGAUGAUCAUUUAGAUAAAGAGAAAGAUGAGGAUUUACAUCAAGCAUUUGCAGUUUUAGGUGUAGCUUUGAUUGCCAUGGGUGAAGAUAUUGGCGCAGAGAUGGCAUUAAGAAUGUUCAACCAUCUGAUGCAUUAUGGAGAGCCAGUAAUUCGUCGCACGGUUCCCCUUGCCUUGGGUUUACUUUGUGCCUCAAAUCCUCUUCUAAAUGUCCUAGAGACAUUAAGUAAAUAUUCACAUGACAAUGAUGCAGAUGUUGCCAUAAAUGCAAUAUUUGCUAUGGGACUUGUUGGAGCUGGAACAAAUAAUGCACGAUUAGCACAAAUGUUGAGGCAACUCGCAUCUUAUUAUCAUAAAGAUGCUAAUUGUUUAUUUAUGGUCAGAAUAGCACAGGGUCUAUUACAUAUGGGUAAAGGAACCAUAUCAAUAAACUCGUUUCACUCUGACAGACAAUUAUUGUCACCUGUAGCAAUAGCCGGAGUUUUAAUAACUUUAAUUGCUUUUACAGACACUAAAACGCUCAUACUGGGCAAAUAUCAUUGGUUUUUGUAUUAUUUGGCAACAGCAAUGUAUCCUAGAUUCUUAAUUACACUUGAUGAAAAUUUAAAUAGCUUACCUGUCACAGUUCGUGUAGGACAGGCAGUUGAUGUUGUGGGACAGGCCGGUAGACCCAAAACGAUUACGGGCUUUCAAACACAUUCAACACCAGUGUUAUUGGCACAUUCCGAACGUGCAGAACUAGCAACAGAAGAAUAUAUAUCAUUAUCUCAUAUUCUUGAAGGUUUUGUUUUGCUUUGCAAAAAUCCAGAUUUUAUGGAAGAAGAUAAAGAAUAA